AUGAGCGCACACCCCCACACAAACGGUGGCCACGCGUUCACCACCCCACCAGGACCACAAGGACAACAACCAGGAGCACCAGGUUCAUCCGCAGCUCCCCCAACAACAACCGCUGCUCCCGUUCCUCACAUCCGCAUCGUCCCCCACCUCGACGCCCCACGCUCGCUCCAUUUCGAAGUCGUCGACAAGGAUGUCCCCGAGGGCUUUGUCCUCAAAAUCGGCCGUUUCACCGACAAGCAGGCACUCCCCAACAGAGUCACCUUCAAAUCCAAAGUCGUCUCCCGUGGACACGCCGAGAUCUACACAGAGCGGGGCAGGUUCUUUAUCAGGGACACAAAGUCUUCAUCAGGAACGUUUCUCAACCACGCUCGACUCUCGCCCCCAGGAGUCGAAUCCAAGCCCACGCUGCUGAAGGAUGGUGAUGUUGUCCAACUCGGAGUGGAUUAUCAAGGAGGCACUCAAGAAAUCUACCGCUGCGUCAAGAUGCGAUUGGAGCUGAACAGAUCAUGGCAACAACAACCCAACGCCUUCAGGGCUAACACGCUAAAGGUCAUCCGCAACCUGACAACUGCCAACGCCAACAGCGCAACCGACUGCUGUAUCUGUUUAUUCAGGAUCGCAUCCUUCCAAUCGCUCUUUGUCGCCCCCUGUUCACAUGUGUACCACUACAAGUGCAUUCGACCAUUGCUGAUGGCCAAUCACCCAGGAUUUCUUUGCCCGCUCUGCAGGACGUUUGCCGAUCUGGAGGACAGUGUCGAGAUUGAUGACCCAGUCGAGGAAGAGAUACCUGCAGAAGAUGUUGCUGCUGCCAUCGAGAACGCGACAAGACAACAAGAAGCGGCUGUGGAACAAGUCACCGAAUCACCUGUCGUCGAGGAGCCAGUCGCGCAAGCAGGGAGGCCUCUGGCCGAGGUAUUGGCCGAGGAGGCCCACGCACCCACCCCUCCCUCUGUCCAAGCACAUACCUUUCAGCCGCCCGGGCAUGAUACAUACCCCUCUGAAGGAGCCCAACUCCAGGAGCGAUUGGCGCCUAGUCCUCUGAGCCAUGACGAUAUGGAUGUCGACUUUCAGCAACGAGGCAACCCCGCCAACGACCUGGAAGAAAUCAAUGAGCCCCGUCAAUUCGGAGACGACCAGGCUCCUACCACCCCUGCUCAACAGACAGAAGCCGCCUCCUCGGCCAUGGAUAUUGCUACUCCUUCGGUCCCAGUUUCUGGAGGACAAACGUCAGUCUCGUCGGUCAACUCUUCAGCUAUGCAGUCGCCCUCAUCUGCUUUUUUUAUGGCACCCUCCCCACCCGCAUUUGGAUCAUCAUCUAAUAUGGGAUCUGCUCCCAUUUCCUUUGGAUCUCCUUCAAGACCACAAACGGGUCAACAUAAUACCUCUGUCAGUCCCUCCAACCAUAUUUCCGCGGCCGGGAACAUGAUUCAGAACUUUGUCCGUAAUAUUUCGAUCCCCACGCGGAACCGCACCCGCACCAACUCGAACUCACCACUCAAUCCAAUGAUUCAACAACAGCAGCAGCAACAGCAACCCGGAUCGAGUUCAUCUGGAAACGUGCCUUUGAGCGCACAAGAACCUCUCCACACCCAGACGCAGCAACAGCAGACACUUCGCCCUGGAGAUGGCAACACGGACGUUUUUGGAAAGACGUUGGUGGUGACACCCCCACCAAUGAACUCUCUCAACCUUGUUUCUGUGGAGGGACACAGCGGCGGUUACCGGGCUCAUACCUCGUUCGGUAGUGGUGCCUCUGAGCUCGGAGCAGUCUCGGAAAUGGAGCUAGAGUACCCAACCGGCGAGAGCUCAAGCCAAGGCCAGCAGAAUGGCUUGGAGGAAGGACAUUCGAGUCAAGAUCACCACGAAUAUCACUCCUCUUCUCAGCAAGCAGGAUCCCAGGAGCCCGAGGGCCAGGAGUAUUCCCAACACUCUCAAGGCGCCGAUGAGAAUGAACAGCGUCCUUCUCAGUCACGACAACAACAAUCUCAAUCCCAGCAUUCCCCAUACUCUUUGCAGCAGGCCGCUGAGACUUCUGUGUAG